AUGUCGCUAAAUGACCAGUCGCCAGCAUUCGGCCCCGAUAUGCAGAUGGACUCAACCGGUGAGGAUGACGGGUCACGGCAAAUGCGUUCAACACCUCCACGUGGUCAUGAGUCUUACCCAGAUGGCAUGAUAAACAGGGCAAAUGAUGAACGACGCGAAAAUAGUGUCACCCGAAGCGAGCAUCCUCUAAACGAGACACAUGACGAAGAGCGAACGGACCCCAUUGCUGCGGAACUGCCUACACGCGAGGAAAUAUAUAACUGGGUUGAAGAGGAAGAGUUGGACGAAGGGGAGAAACUGGCUCGGCGUAUCGUCUAUAUCCUCACCGCCGGUCUGGUGUCAUGUCCGGCAGAUCAACACAAGAACCAGGACGCAUCACACCUCGCAACCUGUCGCCGUCAUCUGCACCUGCGCGAGACGUGGGCUGGGUCCAGUGCUAGAGUCAGUGGGUUGUCCUUCGCCGAGCGAGGGGAACAGUCACGACAGUUCGGCCUAGACCGGACCGUCCGACCCCUUGAUGCUUCGGUCACGGGCCUCCGUCGCGACCAGCUGCCUCCAGCCAGCCGGCUCGAGGCCCAAUUCGCGGGCUGGAACGAAGACAAAGACUGGUCAGAUGCCGAGGUUUGCCUCCACCAAGACGACGUGUCGCAGCGGAAGCUGGCGCCCACCGUUCACGACAUCGACAGCUUCCUGCAUAUCACGAAAGAUCCGCGCAGCCUGCGAGGGCCGUUGAACAUAUGCAUCACGGCCCAGCCAAGCCUCCUCCUCUCCAAAUCCAUUCACGUCCGCGUGCCCAUACGGAUGGGAGAGAAGAUCAAGCAGGUCCCGAUCUACCAGAUCCCGCACACCGUGCUUGCUCACCAAAGGCCACGAACGGUCUACAUGUUCUUCCCGCGGCUCUACGAUGAGAAGCGCCGGAAGAAGGGCCCAGUACCCCUGCGAGAGGAGCAGAAUCGGCUGUUCUUCGACGGCUUCAUCAAGCCAAGCAUCGAAAAGAUUGGACCGCACUUUGUGCACCACCUACCUGGUAGCUACGACUCCGUCCGGGCAGCAUCGUGCAUCGCCAGGGAGUCGUCGGGCUCGGCGGCUGUACGCGGGGCGGCUUUUGAGGUGCCAUAUAGCGAGGAGAACCUCCCCAGGUUAUGGAGCGUCAUGCAGGAGGCACUGGAUCGUGCGGAGCGCGACAUGGCAGCUGAUGGGCUCCGACCCGGCGACGGCGGGGGCCUGUGGGAGACAGAAGAUGCCACUACAAGGACACCAAGCUGUGGUAUCAAUCCUCCGGCAGUAGCAUAG